GUUUUUCAAAACUUUUGCGACUGUAAGUUGUUAUCUUGCGUUAAAUGAGUUCGAUUUCCCUUUCUACAAACUUCGAAUGGUUUUUGAUGUGGUUAGAUAUGCAGAUUUCCCAUUUAAGUAUGAAUUAAACUUACAGUUAAUGUGGUUUAUAUCCGAACGAUUACCUUAUUUUUACUAUCUGGUUCGAGUUUUGCGCCCCAUGGAAUUUGUUUUUCAUUUAAUGUGCACGAACGUCCUUUGUUAUCAUUGCCCUACAUUUUUUAUUGCAUAUUUAUAGGUCUUCGUUUUUCUCAUAUGAUGCGGACAAGAAACCGAGGUCAGAAAAGAUCUAUUGUAUCAUCGCUAGGAUUGGGCCCAAAAUAUAGCAAACAUAAAAGUGUUGUUGAUCAUAAGUGCUCUGGUUCAAGACGAGGUCGUACUAGUACCUUAUUUUUACGGAGUCAACCAAGAACUCGUUGGUCAUCCGAAGUUACACGAACUUGUGUAGGGAGCAACCUGGGAAGACCGAAAAUUCGUAAGCGCGGUAGUCGGGGUCUUUGUGGAAGUAGUCGUUUGCCCUGUACGGUACACUUGGAAUCCAAAACUUGCAGUUUUUCAUCUGAUCCUCUAAUGCAUACUAUGUAUGCUACGCGAACAAAAAGUAAAGGUUGUGACGCAUUUUCUUCGAUAAAUAACAGUUCUACUCUGAGAUCUCGUAUAAGCAAAAUAAAAGUGGAAGAUGAGUCCAAGUUUGAUCUGUCGAAACCUAGUGUUGAGGUCGAGCCAAAACUUUACACUAGUAAUCCACCUGGUAGGCCAUUUAGUAGGGGAGUCAAAAGAGGACGUCCACGAUUCUCUAGAGGUCUUCCUCGGUCCAUUUGUGACACAGGAUCUAAUUCAACUAGGCAGUCGGUAGAUUUCAUAGCUAGCGAGACCACUGUCCAAAGUAGCUUCCCCAAGAAAUGUGAUUCUCCAGUACACAAUACUUCUGUUAUUGACUGUGUAGACCUGGAAAGUACAUUAAGGCCCGAUAAACCAAAUGGAGGCAGCUACAGAUCUUAUGACAACAGAUCAGACGUUAAAAAAGAAGAUAGUGAAAUUUUUGCUAAUUUACCUUUACCAACGAAACGACGACGUGGAAGACCUCCUCUUAAGCUGUGUUCUGCACUAUUUCCCAAAACCAGUGCUCCCGUAAAGUCUGAAAGCAAGGAAGUCACUCAAGAUGAAGUCCAGGAGUCAGUUUAUUUCCCUCAGGAUUCACAUCACUUAUAUCCAGAAAUCACUAAAGAACGGAGGUUUCCAAGUAUUGAUCUAGUGCGCACAUCAUGUACAGCUUCACCCUUUCAACUUCGUUUUGGUGCCACUGAUGAUGUUCUCCAAGAAGUAUUAAAUGAAGUAAAUGAAUAUGGUUUUGUAAAGUUACCUGUCAAACGUAUAAGAAAAGGUCGUCAAAAACCUACUACCCCACCUGGCAAGGUAAAUGAAGAUCAAUUUGUAAUGAGCUUCAAUUCUCCUUCUGUUGAAAGAAUUUUUGACUCCAUUUGCAGAGAAGACAGGUUAAAUGAUGACCUCGCUUCAAAAGAUUUAUUUUUAGCAAUGAGUGGCCUCUUGCGCCCAGGUGUUUGUGAAGUAUGGCGCAGACGACGGGAAGAUCGAAGUAAGCAGUUGAGUCGAAAUUUGAUGGGUCGUUUACGUCCUAAUCCUCGUCCACGACGAUACUCUGACAUGAUAUCUCAAAGUAGUCAUCAUUCCCAUAUUGAUGGUCUCAUCUCACUUGAUGGUAUUCACAAUAAUGAAAAAACUCGACAUCAAUCUACACGUUCGACUACUGUGUCAGCAGCGAGGUUGACUGCUGCUAAGAAGCUCAUUCGAGCCAAAUCACAUGUUCAGAGUAGCCUUCAGAUUACUCCUAUUAGGUCUCAAAGUACUGGAUAUGUAGAUGAAUUAUGUAUGGACUCAAGAACAGGUCGGUCUGCACAUCGUACUGCUAAAAUGAACGUUUCUAUAUCAUCUAGAACUAGUCGCCAUCCAGACGUAAGUCAUCAUAUUGACUGGAAGUUUUGUUAUGUCUCCUCAAGUAAGCAGAAUGAAGUCACGGGUCUUAGUAACAAUCUUCAGCGUCGCCAACGUCAAGCAAGUUUUACUUCAAAAGCUCGCAUGGAAAAUGUUGGUAACUUUUCACCUAUAAGGUCACUCGAUAAUAGCCCUUGUGAUCUCGAACAGGAUAUUCUGGAAGAUUCCUGUGAUAUUCGCAAAACAGACAUGGGAAACCAAAUACAACUAAAACCAGAAAGCAAGACUCAUCUUCAAAUUAGUAGUUCUAAUGAUGCUGAAAGGUUCAAUUUAAAUUACAAUAAGUCCAUACAGUUAUCUGGUGAUCGGCGUCUCGAAAGACGUCGCAAAAAACGCCGUGCAAUCACAUUCCAGAGAAAGCGUCCAAAUGAACGUUUCUUGACUUCCCAUAGACGGGACAAUUGGUGUUCAGAGAAGACACAUUUGCGUGACGAUUCUUCUGCAUCAUCUUCAACUUCCAAGUCUGGCAUAGUAGAUGCUUAUGGAAGGUCUUUUCGCCAAGCAAGGUGGUACCAUCACCGUCCUCCUAAAAUUGGGCAUUCCGAACGAACAGGAUCAAGUUACUGUUGCCAUAGCGCUUUAGAGUCUCGUUCACCACGAAAGUCGGAGCGUUCAUUAAGUUCUCGGCGCAUCCAUACAAGUUCUAAGUUUAGUAGCCGCCGAAUCGUAUUACCAGAACCCAGUCAUAGUCAUGCGUCUCGUCAUCGCAUCCCUCGACGACCAGACAGGAUGUGCCAACUCACUCUCCUUGAUCGUUUAGUCUUGGGACUAAAUUGUAGUGUGUCGCAAAAUGACGAUGAAAUCCAUAUUAAACAACUUCAUGCAGAGGAAUUGAAUAUUCUUACACAACGUAUGAGCCGUACAGGUUUUUUUAUACAAUCUCUUGCUCUUCGACAAAAUGCUAACAACGAUGCUGAAUAUAACAUUGUCCUUACUUUCUCUUCUGAAAAUGAAGCAGGUAUAAGACGUACACGGUGUCCCAAUUCAUUGUUCCGCUCAAAGUUAGAUUCUCAUGAUAGAGCUUCAGUCUGUCGCUCUUUGUCGGUCUGCGAUCAGAAUGCCUGGAAAAAAGUCAAAAGUCACAAUCGUCCAAGGCGGAUUUCUUGUUUAGCCUCACGCCAUUCGUAUUUAUCACAUUCACGUCAUAUAAAUAAGUCCCAUCAUUAUAAAGAUCCAAGUGAUUCUUCGUUGCUUGUUGGAUAUCAAAGUGAUUCGGGUUUACUAAUUCAUCGCUCAACAAAUUAUGUACGAGAGUUCCAUUCUGAUUGUGAGGAGUCGGGAACACAUCGGUAUAAACACUUUGAAAAAUUGAGUGUCAGCAGGAAAACCAGUCAUCAUGUUCUGUAUAAUGCUGAUAGUAAGCCAGGACAUUGCUAUUCUGUUCUCAGACCCCUUGAUAAAGCUUCACUUCGGCAUCUGCAAGUCAACUCGUCUUCUGGCUCGACUAAGAUAGAAGCUCAUCGCUCUUGCCUACCACUCGAACUUAGCUAUAUAACUGGUAAUACAGACGUACAUAAGCGCCCAACAAUCUCGUCUCGCGUUUCAUCAGCGAAGGACGACGAACACAUUGUGACUUCUGAAGAGUCGUCAGCUAUUCAUAUCAGUAACUGUUCAAAUAUUAAUUCAAGUAAUUCCAGUCAUGGAGCUUCUAAACGUGAUGCUAACAUUUAUAUUGUUGGUGCCGUUCAAAACCUGCCAUUUCGCCGUCAUAGUCCGCGCAAAGUUAUUCGCAAGGUUUAUACUGGUAGUCUCACCAUACCAAAAAUACUUAAUCGCAAAAGAAUUCCUACUCUACCUACUAAUCCAUUAGGCGGUCCGAGUGUUAGCAUGACAGUUACGUCUACCAAUUCUCUGACGAAUACUUUGGCGACUAAUUCUAUCGUUAGCGCUGUUUCAUGUUCGACAUCAAGCAGUUCAGUUGGCCUAAACUCAUCAACUCAACUCAGACGCUUACAAGCUACUGCAACAUCGUUAAGCAUCGUGCAAAAUCCUGUAUCAACUACUGAGCAAUCAAAAAUAAACGUUCCUCCUUUAGCUGUUGUACCUUCAGUUAUAACUGAUCCACAGACUGUAACCAAAGUAAAGAUGCAGAAUUCCGAUAUCACAGCUACACUUCAUGACGCUCUUGAUCAACCGGAGGCAAGUGCAUCAGUUGAAACUACUAAUCACGAAGAUAUACCUACAGAUUACCUGUCAAGGUCUGUGACUGUCGAACGUGUUACCAGUGAAAAUUACUGUGAACAGAAUAUCUCAAAAACAAAUCCAGCUGACGCUAAUGAUUCCAUUACUAAAACGCCGGAAAAUGAAGUGGAUGUAAAAGAUUUCUUGUCAGAUGUGAUUUCUAGUGAAACUGAUAUAAAAAGUGUGGGUCAUAUAAUCACAUCCGGUACGGAUAUGUGCCCUUUAGGUAGCACUCCAUACAACGUAGUCAGUGCUGCCAGUUCAUAUACUUUUGCUGCCACAAAUUCCAUCAACGAUGAAGAAGCUGUUUUAGGUAUGGAUGAUUCCCAAACACCAGCUACGUCACUUAGUGCAAGUCAACUGCUCAAAUUGAAACGUCUUCAUGAUGAAGUUGGGCGACCAAUUCAACGAAGAGACUCCAAGUCUCCUCGCUGCACUUCUCAUACACCAUCACAGGUCCAGUCUCCUAUAUAUCUACCUGCUCGUUCUCAAAAUCAGUCACAAUCACUCGAAUCGGAAGCAAUUGUCACACGGUGCCCACAAACUUCCCAGCUUCAACAAUCUCAGCAGUCCAUUCAAUACACCUCGUCAGUAUUGUCAAACACCUCUGGGCUUAACUCCGAAUUUCGACCAUUCCCCGUGCAUUUAAAUCAAGACCCUGCUCAUAAAAGUAACCCAAAACUUGAAAUAGAUGAUGAUGACGAUGAUGAUAUGGAAGAUUUCGAACUCAAAAACGUUACGAAAAUGUAUGAACCUUCUGUUGCUACUUCAUUUCAGUCUUCUUCUAUACCGUCUCAUAAGUUAACGUCAAAUCGUUUUUUCGAUAACAGCGCCUUAUCUAGUGUACCAACAACUAUAUCUUCAGAACCAGAAGGUCUUCCUUUUAUGAGUGCUCACUACCCUUCAGUAAUGAGAUCACCUCGCAUAAAUUGGCCAAUUGGACGUCCUAUUUUUAAUCCAACACUUACUGGCAGCUCGAGGUUGCCAUCACAAUGUUUUAAUCCUUUAGCACCUGCUACAGUUCGUUGUUUUACGGAAGCAGACCAAAAUACAGGUAGUCGUAUUGUUGGUCAAGGUCUUUCUACACCGCGAGCGUCAACGAAUGAAAGUGUUGGUGAUCACUUUUUACUGUCAGGCAAACCCUUCAUUUCCUCUUCCAUAUCUCCUAUUUUUUCUGGUUCGGGUGGAAUCCCUAUUAUGACCACUGUCCAAUCCUCUACAAAUGCUUCUGUAUGCUCAGGGCCGCCUAAAAGAACAGUUGUCCACAAGUAUCACUCUUUUAGAAAAAUUUUACCGAAAUCAGAUAGACCAGUCAUGCUUCCGACUGCACCAGGAUUCAGCAUAUCUCCAUUCAGUACGAAUACCGCAGCACUAGGUAGAUUUUCAGUACCCAGUAGUAGUUUUGGCAUGUAUAGACCUGGUCCACUUAGUGCUAAGGCUGUUUUACCUUGCGAAGUAACCACUAGCAGAACUUAUAUCAUGGACAUCGGCACAUCAAACCUAACUGAUGAUAGUUCAUCAAUUCCAAUUCGACGCAAUUUGUGUGCUACUUCUUUAGCGCUUGCUAACUCAAACCAGUCAAUAUUAGCGACUAAUCCAGCAUCUCAGUUACUUAAAAGCCUGCUCGAACGUGACGACUCGCGCUCUGCCACCGGUAUUGUUACAACAUUUGCUGCAGAAAAUAAUUUGUCGUUUUCUAUGUCUACUGUUGUUAGCUCUUCAAGCCUCACUUCUGGAAGUGGGACUACACUUUGGAAUCAGCCGGCUCAUCAAAGUCGUGGAACAUGGCAACUAGGUAAACGAGCUGUCAGUAGUUCCAACCAUCGCUCUCCUUCAGAUAGUGUAUCUCUCAAAAUAUCUCAGUCUGUUUUCCCUACUUCACCCAGCUCUCAACCUCACUCCUCUCCGAAUUCAUCAAAUCCCCCACCUAUUCUCCCACCAACUUUACGUUUGACACCAGGACCGACUUCUCGAUUGCAACAGCUUCAACAACAUUAUCAACGACAACAAGAGGCUCAAAGACGCUUCGAACAGGAUUCAUUAAGUAAACUAGGUGUUGCAGACAGUGUAUAAACAUAAGCCGUAGAUAGAAAAUCCGACUCCAUCUUUCUUCAAAAUUGACACUGUUCAAUGAACUGUUUUGUUUCAUCAGUACUUUUUCGUCCAUCAGAAUUAUCAUUUCAAAUAUAUUUCCCUAUGUUGUUUUGUUUACAUGAUGAUCCUACUAUUUUACAUAAUUUUUUUUCACGCUUUUUUGUACUUUGUUUGUUUUACAACAGUUCGCCUUCUCUUGCUGUCCG